UCUCCUGUUCACACAUUCAACAUGCUGGUGCAAAAGUUAAGCUGGAUCAUUUUGCUGCUCUUCCUGUGUCAACAUGGAGCAGAAGCCAAAAGAACAGUGGCCUGCGAGGGACAAUCUUUGCGCCUCAGCUGUGUUUGGGGAUUAAUAAAGGUCAUUAAAGCCAACUAUGGGAGGACUGAUCGCACAACAUGCACUUAUGGCAAACCAGCUCAUCAAACCUCAAAUAUGCGCUGCUUCCGAGGAACAUCCCUCCAUACGAUGUCCAUUCGGUGUGAUGGAAGAAAGAGCUGUUCUGUUCCAGCAGUGAACUCCGUUUUCUCUGAUCCUUGUGUUGGCACCUAUAAAUACCUGGAUGUGCAUUACGUCUGUGUCAAAAAAGAUGCAUUGCGAGGAAACCAAAUAGGUGCAUCAGAUUCUGUCCACUCUGAUCCUGUCACAGUGUCCAAAAGUACCUGGAAGUGAUGUACAGCUGUAUAAUUUAGUGACCCUGUCAUGCUAAUGUAUUUUAUGUUUUUUUAGUGAAAAGAAAAUUGUCUAUAUAAUAAUACUAUAGAUAGUUAUAUAUAAUUAUGGAUAAUUUGUGGGGUUCUGUCUGUUAGACUCUCUGUUAGAUAUAUGUAAGACACACUUUUAUCUGCAUAACUGUAUAUAACUAUAAUGUUGUUGAACAUCAAAGUGUAUAAAUAAAUAAAUAAAACAACAUCUGAA